UGCCUCGCUCGCUCGACACUGUCACUCACCUCUCACGCACCUUUCACAACCAAGAACCAUGGCUGAAGUCGCAAAGAACCCAUCCGAGCCUGUGGAUCUCAGCACCAUUCCUAUCUCACCUGACGGUGCCAUGACUGACGCCACGAAUGGCGCGACCAAUGGCGAGAAGAGUGCCAACAGCGGCGACGUCGUCACAGUCUUCGACGACCCUUCGAACUUCAAUGUCAAGCACCAGCUGCAGCACACGUGGACGCUGUGGUUCACCAAGCCACCGAGCGGCAAGCAGGACUGGAACGAGCUGCUCAAGGAAGUCAUCAGCUUCAACAGCGUUGAGGAGUUCUGGGGCAUCUACAACAACAUCACACCAGCAUCCGAGCUCGCGCAGAAGUCCGACUACCACCUCUUCAAGCAGGGCGUGCGACCAGAGUGGGAGGACCAGCAAAACAAGCACGGUGGACGCUGGGCAUACACUUACAAGGGCACAAAGGCCAGUGACGAGACCUGGCUCAACAUCAUGCUCGCCGCGAUUGGCGAGAUGCUCGAGGAUGAGAGCGACAACGAGGUGAUGGGAGUCGUGGUCAACAUCCGCAAGGCAUUCUGGCGUGUGGGUCUGUGGACCAGAACCGCUGGCCAGGCGCCCAAGGGCCGCAAGGAUGAGGCUGCGGAUCCGCUCGAGAGCCGUAAGCGUCUUGAACGUAUCGGCAAGAACUUCAAGGACGUGCUCGACCUGCAGCCAAACGAGGUGAUUGAGUUCAGCGGUCACGCUGAUUCUGCUCACACCGGUAGCAGCCGUGCGAAGGCCAAGUUCACCGUCUAGGACAGUACCUCUCUUCUGGAUAUGCAUGGCGUGCUGUGUAUGAUUACGGAUGACUGCGGAUCAUUUGCGACGGCGUUUCGGGGUGUAUCAUAGCUGAAGCGGCAUGGCUAUGUCGCAAGGGGAGUUGAGCAAGUGGCCUCCCGGGGGACCAAAAGAACGAUUUUACGAUGUGCAUAGUCACCCACUGGGUGCAUGAGCUCGGAUGGAACAGCUCGGGGAUACCCAGGACGCGAUAUGGAGUUUGUUAGAAGAGAGAUACUUACCAAAUGAGAAUCCCAGAACAAAAGAGGUAAUGAUUCGCCGACUGAGGAGUGCGGGCUUCUUUCUUCUACCUUUCUGCCG